AAAUAUUUAUAUUAGAGCUAGCAUAAAGUUAUCAUAUUUUACUUAAUACUUUGUUUUAAAAAGUUCUGAUUAUUAAGAUUAUAAUAUUCUAGUAAUAAUUUACUUAUAUAUUACAAAAUUCAUCAAAAUGGCAGGCUCUGAUGAUAAUAAACCUAAUAAUGAUACCGAAUCUAAUAACAUUGAAAGUAACGAAGAAAACGAAGAAAAUGUUCGAGAAGAGUAUGUUUUAUUGGAUACAAAACUGGAUGAAUUAAAUCAAGCUUUAGAUUUGUUGGAACAAAAAAAUGAUGAUAUUCAUAAAAGAUUGGUAGAACUCUUGCAAUCUAACAGAGAUAUACGACAACAACUAAAAAAUGAAAACACAGAAAUUAACUAAUUUUAAAAUGAAAUAUUUACUGCAUGUGAAAAUAGCAUUUU